AUGUCGGGAGGAUUAGAGGUGUUGUCCCUCAAAGAGGACGAUGUCACCAAGAUGCUGGCCGCCGGCACGCACCUAGGUACCGCCAACGUAAACUUCCAAAUGGAACAGUACGUUUACAAGCGCCGUAGUGACGGUGUUCACAUUAUUAACCUACGUAGGACUUGGGAGAAGCUUCUCCUGGCCGCCAGGGCCAUCGCGGCCAUCGAGCACCCCGCCGAAGUUUUCGUCAUCAGCUCCAGGCCUUACGGGCAAAGGGCUGUGCUGAAAUUUGCCGCCUACACCGGAGCCACUCCCAUUGCUGGAAGAUUCACUCCUGGUGCGUUCACCAAUCAAAUUCAGCCGGCUUUCCGCGAGCCCAGGCUUUUGAUCGUUACCGACCCGGCCUUCGAUCACCAGCCCAUCACCGAAGCUUCGUACGUAAACAUUCCCGUCAUCGCUCUGACCAAUACCGACUCGCCUUUGAGAUUCGUUGACAUUUCCAUUCCCGGAAACAACAAAUCUCCGCACAGCAUCGGUCUUUUGUGGUGGCUCUUGGCCAGAGAAGUUAUGCGUCUUCGCGGGGCUAUCCCAAGGGAAACCAAGUGGGACGUGGUGGUGGAUCUUUUCUUCUACCGCGAGCCGGAAGAGGCCGAGAAGGAGGAGCAAGCGGCCAAAGAGGCCGUCGCCGUGAAGGCUGAAGUUCCGGUGCGUCCGGUCGAGAUCGAUUUCGAUGCGGAACCCACCGAUUACACCGCGGAAAAGCCGGUGGUGGCGCCGUUCGCGGCCGACACCAAGCUCGACUGGGUCGCUGAGACCGAGGACUUGGCCGCCAGCCAGGGCACCAACUGGGGCAAGAGCACCUGGACCAGUUAA